GGCAUCUUCCCACCAUCUCAGUGCUGCGCAUCUAGCUAGAAGAGUCAGCCAAAAUAUUACAUUUAGCUGCGUUCAGAUGUGCAUUUUAAUAGCAUUAUUUUAAUAUAAAUUAAAUGUAUCCAAAUUACUAUUUAUAAAUAUUUUUGUUUAAAUGCAUUACAUUAUUCUCUCACUACAAACCACAAUUCAAAAAGUGAAAGGAAUAUUUCUGUAUCACAUACCAGACUCCAUAUCGGAUGUUAUUUAUAACACUGAGAUAAAAUCAACUUUAUUGAUUAUUAAAUUGAAGAGUCACAGCAGCAGGAGAAGUACAGUAAAGUUGAAGACUAUAAAACAAGAAGAAGAAAGUCAAUAUUAUAAAAACUGAAAAUAGAAUUAAGGUAGUAAGCAAGUCAGAUGGAAAAAGAAAAUGACAGGUAUGAUAGAUAUAUAGGUUAUUGCAAUGAGGAAGGGUUUAAGUAUAAAGUUGUACAAACUGUAGGUUUAGAAGGAGGUUAUCAAGAUAUUAUUAGAAAGUACUAACAUUGAACAACAAUGAAUAAAAAGAGCUGCAAAUGUUAACGUUGAGAAGAAAUAUGACUACACACAGUAAAACCAAGUUUAUCUGGCUGUUGGCAUUUGCUUGAUUUAUGUCUCAAAUCUACCAAUUACAGGAACUUGUGUGACUACUGGUAUAACAGAGGGGCUCAGCUGAUUUGGUUUAGUUGUUAGCAAAUGCUAAUCUCAAUGACUCAAGCUGCUCCUGUCUCAGUGGAAAAAUACAGCAGGGAAGUGGUAUACCUUGGAUCUUUGUCAGAGCCAAACACUUUUUCAAGUGAGACGGCAUGGUGUGAGAUCCUGCCGUGCACCCAGCUGAGAGGAAUACUGAUCAGUUUGCUGUUACUGUAAGCAAGUCUUGAGAGAGGGGGCUUCGUGAUGGAGGGAGAAUUCCUUAAAGGAAACAGCCUUGAAAUGCCCGCUCAGGAUAAUGGUCAGUUGAAGAAGACUCAGCUGUUGGAACGAGGCCAGUGGGCGAACAAGUUGGAAUUUCUGCUUGCUGUAGCAGGAACCCUGGUUGGGCUGGGAAACCUCUGGAGGUUCCCCUAUUUGUGCUACAAAAAUGGGGGAGGUGCAUUUCUGAUUCCAUACGUCUUGUUUCUGCUCUCUUGUGGUAUCCCAAUGUUCCUCCUGGAGACGGCUAUGGGACAGUUCACAUCUCAAGGAUGUAUCACCUGCUGGAGGCACUUCUGCCCUUUAUUCGAAGGAAUUGGCUACGCUACCCAGGUCGUGAUUGCAUACGGUGCUGUGUCAUACAUCGUCAUCCAGGCAUGGGCCUUCUUCUACCUCUUCUCAUCCUUCAGCGCUGAGGUCCCGUGGGCCAGCUGCAGGAACUCCUGGAACACAGAAUCUUGUUUUGAAUUCGAUAAAACAAAUGCAUCAUCCAAUUGGACAGCAAACGCAACAACACCUGCAACAGAAUUCUGGGAGAGACGAGUGCUGGGUAUAUCUAAAGGGAUUGAGGAGAUUGGUAGCCUGAGGUGGGAUCUGGCCUUGUGUCUCUUACUGGCGUGGAUCCUGUGCUACUUCUGUGUUUGGAAAGGAGUGAGAUCUACUGGAAAGGUAGUUUACUUCACAGCCACUUUUCCAUAUCUGAUGCUGGUGGUUCUGUUGGCUCGUGGAAUCACUUUACCAGGAGCUAUAGAUGGCAUAUCUUUCUACCUGUAUCCUGACCCGACAAGGUUGGUGGACCCUCAAGUUUGGAUGGAUGCAGGUGCACAAGUUCUUUUCUCUUUUGGGAUUUGUCAGGGGAGUUUGACAGCUCUGGGAAGUUACAAUCAGUAUAACAAUGAUUGUUACAAGGACACGUUUAUUCUGUGUUUGGUGAAUGGCGGGUCAAGCUUUGUGGCAGGGUUUGCAAUCUUUUCAGUUUUGGGCUUUAUGUCCUAUGAACAAGGACUGCCAAUAUCUGAAGUGGCUGCUUCUGGACCUGGUUUGGCAUUUAUUGCCUAUCCACGUGCAGUGGCCAUGAUGCCUUUCCCUCAGUUAUGGGCUAUAUGUUUCUUUGUCAUGGUCAUCUUGUUGGGUGCAGAUACACAGUUUGUGAGUCUGGAGUGCCUGAUGACCUCCGUGACAGACAUGUUCCCCACCGUGUUUCGAAGAGCUUACCGUCGAGAAUUGCUGCUGCUUUGUCUCUGCUGUGUUUGCUUCUUUCUCGGCCUCCUUCUCGUCACACAGGGAGGCUUAUAUUUCCUUCAACUUUUUGACCAUUACGUUUGUAGUGGCAGCAAUCUUCUCCUUCUUUCCAUGUGUCAGUCGAUUGCAAUCGGAUGGAUAUAUGGUGCAGAUCGUCUCUAUGACAACAUUGAAGACAUGGUGGGUUAUCGUCCAUGGCCAAUAAUGAAGUAUUGCUGGCUUUACAUUACCCCGACUAUUUGUCUGGGUACCUUCAUCUUUUCAUUGGUGAAAUACAAGCCUCUCAAGUUCAACAAAACCUACAUCUACCCGAACUGGGCUUAUGCUUUGGGCUGGUUCCUCGGACUGUUCUGUGUUCUCCUGGUUCCUCUGUGGAUGAUCUUUAAAGUUUCUUGGAUGAAAGGGACCAUAGGGCAGUGGACCAAUGCAAAGCUAAACCUGACUCAGCUCUUGCCAAAAACUCAAUGCAACAUCAUCCAGCAACAGACUGCUUCAAGUAGCUGCACGAGUGCAAAUUCCUGGUCGAUUACUGUAAACCUCAAGAUGAUGGUAUGGCCCAAACAGAACAUCAGGCAGCUUUGCCGCCCUGAAAACAAGACGCAGAGCACAGCAAAGCAACCCGAGCAAUGCCCUUUGAACCCGAACAACACUCUUACUCCUGCUGCCAAUGAAUACAAAGGUGGAGCUGAGAUGGAGAUGCAAAUCGGAAUGGCAGACUUUCUCGGCAGGCCAGGUCAUCUCCCUCCUAAGACCCCUUCACAAAUAGCUAAGGAGCGUGGCAAAUGGGGAAGCAAAAGAGAGUUCAUUCUGUCAGUGGCUGGUGCUAUUAUUGGACUUGGAAAUGUGUGGAGAUUUCCAUAUCUGUGCUACAAGAAUGGGGGUGGUGCAUUCUUCAUUCCUUACAUCCUUUUCCUUGUGGCCUGUGGCAUUCCUAUGUUCAUACUGGAGAUAGCACUCGGCCAGUACACCAGUCAGGGAGGAAUAAUGUGCUGGAGGAAGAUCUGUCCCUUGUUGGAAGGCUUGGGAUUGGCCAGCCAAAUUAUCCUUUUCUAUGGAUGUAUCAGCUACAUUGUGAUCUUAGCCUGGGCUUUUCUCUACCUUUUCUCCUCUUUCUCUGGCGAGCUGCCGUGGGCCACUUGUAAUAACACAUGGAAUACAGAUUCUUGUGUGGUAUUGAACAACUAUAAUACCACUGUCAACUGGACCGUGCCUGUGAAUGCAACAUCGUCAAUACUAGAGUUUUGGCAACGAAGGGUGCUAAAUAUAUCCACUGGCAUAGAGACCAUGGGAAACAUACAGUGGGACCUUUCUUUGUACCUUCUUCUGGCCUGGAUCAUCUGCUACUUUUGUGUCUGGAAGGGAGUGAGAUCCACAGGAAAAGCCACCUACUUCACAGCCACAUUCCCCUUCAUCAUGUUGGUGGUGCUGUUCCUCAGAGGAAUCACCCUUCCUGGAGCCUCCAUUGGUAUCAAGUACUACCUGUACCCCAACCCUGCACGGCUUGUUGAUCCACAGGUUUGGAUCGAUGCAGGAACCCAAAUAUUUUAUUCCUAUGCCAUAUGUUUGGGAUGCCUGACUACGCUUGGGAGCUACAACAAGUACAACAACAACUGUUACAAAGACUCCUUCUAUCUUUGCUUGUUAAACAGCGGGACCAGCUUUAUAUCUGGCUUUGCCAUUUUCUCAGUUCUGGGCUACAUGUCACAAAAACAGGGUGUCGACAUUGCUGCAGUUGCUGAGUCAGGCCCUGGCCUUGUGUUCAUAGUCUAUCCACAAGCUGUGACUCUUCUGCCGUGGCCUCAAGUCUGGUCCGUGUGCUUCUUCACCAUGAUCCUCUUGUUAGGAAUAGACGGACAGUUUGUCGGGCUUGAAAGUAUCAUGACCUCUCUGUCGGACAUCUUCCCUUCCCAGAUCCGUCAAGGAUAUCACAGAGAACUUCUGCUGCUGCUGAUCUGUGCUAUUUCCUAUGUAUUUGGCCUUGUAUUGGUGUCACAGGCCGGCGCAUACAUUCUGCAGAUCUUUGAUCACUAUGUAUGCAGCGGUCCCACCCUGCUUCUGAUGGCAAUCUUCCAGUCAGUGAUUGUUGGAUGGAUUUAUGGUGCUGAACGCUUCUGUGACAACAUUGAGGACAUGAUUGGGUACAGACCUCUAUCACUGAUCAAGUACGGCUGGAUGUAUGGCACCCCUCUUACUUGCAGUGGCACAUUUGUGUUUAUGCUCCUGAAGUACACCCCAAUGAGGUUCAACAACUCCUAUGUGUAUCCUUGGUGGGCGUACUGGAUCGGCUGGUUUCUGGCCAUGUCAUCUCUUAUGAUGAUUCCUCUGACCAUGGUCUGCAAACUGGCCAAAGGAAAAGGAACUCUCUGGCAGCGCAUCAAGACAAGCUUGCAACCUGUAGAUGACCUUCCAAUCGAGACAAAGUAAAUUGCAAGCAUCAGAGCCUCACUGCAUGGGGACAAAACAGCAAAGUGUAUUGAAAUACCAAUCCUUUUAUAAUAAUUUCUUCCUUUUUUAUAUUUCAAAAAAAUGUAGAGUAGGUUGUUUACUAUAUAUGUAUAUACUGUAUGGUGGUUAGUUUUCAUUUCCAGAUUUAAUUUUUAAGGUGUGGUGACCUAUAAGAAUACUAUAUAUUACAUGUCUAAUAUUGGACUUUUUAAAUCAAUUAUAUUUGGAAGUGUUA